AUGCACAAAGAAGUGCUGAAUCGCAACGAGCUACGGACGAACAAGGCGACGAAAGCCACAGAAGAUUUCGAAGCCUGCAAUGUGACUGAAGGUGAUUACGUGUUAUGGUCAAGGGUGGAUGAGCGCUACCAUCCCAAGCUACUCGUCACCUGGGUCGGUCCGUACCGCGUCGAGUCAGUGGGUGAAUUCUCCGUGAUGUUAGAACAUCUGGUGACACAUGAAGAACGCGAAGCACAUACGGCCCGCGUGAAAAUGUAUGCGGAAACGAGUUUUGAAGUCACAGAAGAAAUCCUCGAGCAUGUUUCCGAGCAAGGCAUUGUAUCGCAAGUUAAAUCCAUCGCGGGAGACAAGUUUGUCCCAGAUGUGAGCGACUUCAUGUUGAAAGUAUUUUGGGAAGGCUUUGAAGACAUCGAAUCUUCAUGGGAACCUCUCAACAAGCUGAUGCGCGAAUGCCCAGCCGUGGUCAAAGCGUAUGCGGCGACCAAGAAAAAUGCCGACACGAGACACUGGCCAAGGCGAUGA